AUGUCGGGGUGCCGCGGAGGCGGCGCGAAAGGCACAGUCGAUGGUGCUGGCGCUCGACAACAAAACACGCGCCGCACCGUGGAGGACCACGCGGAGCUGCUGCUGGUUGGGUACGCGCCAUGGUGCGAGCGCAGCGCACAGCUCCGGUUCGCCGAGACCUCCGCCGCGCUGCGCGCCAUGGGCAGCGCUGUCGCCUUCGCAAAGCUCCGCGUGGAGCGCUACCCCAAGGCGGCCGUCGCCGUCGGGGUCAAGGGCUUCUCCACCAUGCUCCUCUUCGUUAAUGACACCGAACACGCCUAUCAUGGCCUGCGCACCAGUGAGGCUUACAUCAAUGCAUUCUCAAAGGUGACUCUGCUCACCAUUAGGUGGCUACAAUGUAAAGGCAGUGUGGUGGUGUCACAGCGGGUGAAGCAUGAGUGCAUUGACACUUCUAUGAAAAGGUUGCUUCAUAUUAAGGAGAACCACGAAAUUCAAAAAAUUGGGGUCUCAGGGAAGAUCCACCACAACGCUAGCGCACGGCUGAUAGUUCAUCUCAACUCUCCAAGAUCAUUCAAGAAGGCGGCAGCCCCAAUAAGCGUGUCCAUCUGCAACACACUUGAAUCCCUGGUGAACAGAACCAUCAUUUUCCCUGCCUUUAUCAUGAAGCAGCAGAGGACCACACAGGAGGGGGAUGCCAAGUUGUAG